AUGACGGGGCAAACAAGCAGUGCGGAUGCCGCGCUCGAGCGCAUGGGAUACAAGAAUGAAUUACCCCGGAAUUUGAGCAUGCUGAGUGUGCUAGGCUUGUCCUUUGCAAUCAUGGCCGCCCCCUUCGGUCUCAGUACCACAUUGUACAUCACGCUGGUAGACGGCCAAUCCGUAACCAUCAUCUGGGGCUGGGUAUUAGUGACCCUAAUCUCAAUCGCGAUCGCUGCCUCUCUCGCCGAAAUCUGUGCCGUCUACCCCACGGCCGGCGGAGUAUACUACUGGAGCGCAAUGCUCUCAACGCGGAAAUGGGCACCGCUAAUGUCGUUUAUAGACGGCUGGUUGACGCUCGUCGGUAACUGGACGGUGACGCUGAGUAUCAAUUUCUCCGGCGGACAGCUUAUCCUCUCCGCGAUUUCGCUAUGGAAUGAAGACUACGUGCCGACGCCGUAUCAGACUAUUUUGAUGUUUUGGGCUGUUAUGCUGGUGUGUGCGUUGGUGAACAUUUUUGCGUCGAGAUGGCUCGAUUUGAUUAAUAAAGUGUGCAUCUAUUGGACGGCUGCGAGUGUGAUUAUUAUCUUGGUGACUCUGCUGUCGAUGGCGGAUCAUCGUCGGUCAGGCGAGUUUGUUUUUGGCCAUUACGAUGCAUCGUCAAGUGGAUGGCCAAAUGGAUGGGCAUUCUUCGUCGGCCUUCUCCAGGCAGCGUAUACCCUAACCGGCUACGGCAUGGUCGCAGCCAUGUGCGAAGAAGUGCAAAACCCCCAUCUCGAAGUGCCCCGCGCCAUUGUCCUGUCUGUUGUCGCCGCCGGAAUCACUGGUCUAAUCUAUCUGAUCCCUAUCCUCUUCACUCUCCCAUCCGUUGAUAUCCUGCUGGCCGUCGCCAACGGUCAACCCAUCGGGCUAAUAUUCAAAACCGUCACGGGCUCUGCCGGCGGCGGAUUCGGUCUCUUAUUCCUGAUUUUGGGAAUCAUGUUCUUUGCAGGGAUCGGUGCACUUACAGCAGCCAGUCGAUGCACAUACGCCUUUGCUCGGGACGGCGCAAUCCCUGGAUUUCGGGCAUGGCAAAAAGUCAAUAAAUCGUUAGACGUGCCCGUGAAUGCAGUUAUUCUAUCCGCUGUCGUGGAUUGUCUACUUGGAUUAAUCUAUUUCGGCUCCAGUGCUGCAUUCAACUCUUUCACUGGUGUGGCUACAAUCUGUCUCUCAACGUCGUACGGAGUCCCAAUCUUGAUAUCGGUGUUACGUGGUCGUCGCGCCGUGAAACAUUCCUCCUUUUCUCUGGGAAAAUUCGGAUACGCUAUUAACAUCACCACGAUAUGUUGGAUUGUCCUCGCCGUGGUUCUGUUCUGUAUGCCCGUUUCGUUACCCGUGACCCCCUCGACCAUGAAUUAUGCUAGUGUCGUGUUUGCGGGGUUUGCGUUGAUUAGUGUGAUUUGGUACUUUGCGUAUGCGCGCAGACAUUUUACGGGACCGCCUGUUAUGGCUGAUUUGGUGGAUGAGAUUGGUGAUAGUGGUACUCCGGAUGUUGGGGUUGUUGCUGGGAAAGCUGUUAUUGAUACAGAGGCUGACCCGGUUGGUGAACCCGAAAAGGUUGAUAAAUAG